GCUCUUGCGCUCAUCGAUCUGUGUCUGAUUGGUUGAAAACAUAACCAUAUCCGUCGGAUGAGACGUUCACGAUUCCUUUGGUUCCCGGCGCUGUGAGUGGAAGGACAGAAAGGGGCCGGGCCCACAGAGGAAAGAAAUGGCGAGUAUGGUCACCGAGAACGGGUGUGGAGUGGCAGCGGAGACCGCACAGCCGCAGGGUCCGGGUCGGGGCGCGGUCAGAUGGGGCUCACAGCACGCCGGUGCCCGAGAACUGGCUAGUCUGUACUCGCCAGGCAAAAGAUGUCAAGAAUGGAUCAGCGUCAUCCUCUGCUUCUCUCUCAUGGCCUUCAACUUAAUUCACCUUCUUGCCAAUUUCCAUCUGGGACACGUGUGGUACAUACAGCUGGGCAUCGUGGCGGGAAUACUCACCGCUGACUUCGCGUCGGGACUCGUACACUGGGGGGCCGACACAUGGGGAUCAGUGGAUCUACCCAUCUUUGGAAAGGCGUUUAUCCGCCCCUUCAGAGAGCACCACAUCGACCCCACAGCCAUCACCCGUCACGACUUCAUCGAGACAAACGGUGACAACUGCAUGCUGACCAUCGUCCCUCUUGCAAACAUGGCCUUCAACUUUCUCAUGCUGUCCCCCGCGGACAUUUACCACAUCUACCCGUGGUACUGCUACCUGUACGCGCUGGCCAUCUUUGUGACGCUCACCAACCAGAUCCACAAGUGGUCGCACACGUACUUUGGCCUUCCUCGCUGGGUGGUGUUCCUGCAGGACUGCCACAUCAUCCUUCCUCGCAAGCACCACCGCAUCCAUCACGUCUCCCCUCAUGAGACGUAUUUCUGCAUCACCACAGGUUGGUUAAACUAUCCUCUGGAGAGGCUCGGUUUCUGGAAAACCUUGGAGGAUCUCAUCCAGGGCGUGACGGGAGAGAAACCCAGAGCAGACGACUUAAAAUGGGCUAAGAAAUGAAAUAACUCUGAAGGCUAACUGCAUCCUACCUCAGCAACCCCUGGCUCUGCCCAGGCUUCACGUCGGGUUUUCUUGCCUCACUUAAAAACUGCAGUUCACAGGAUGAACGGCUAACGGUUUCGGAUGCCAUAGCUUUAAGUUUUGCACAUUUUUAAUAUUUUUUUUUUCCUCUUUCACCAAGCGAGGGCUCUGUUUCUGGGAUUUUAUGUCAUAACUUUUCUACACAGACGCAUUAUCUAAACUGCAGUGUGUUAUGAGCUUUUUAUUUCUAACAGAGGUAAUCGUUUUUUGUUUUUUUUUAAAGCUUUUUGCAAGUAAUGUAUCACUUUCCAAAGGAGGUGAGACUAUUACUCUCAUCUGAACCGCUUUGGAGAAUGAUCACACACUCGAUCAGGAGAACUUGUAUUCACAUUUUUACUCGACACCUUUUUAUUUUCUGUUGAAUGAAGAAGCUCUAAAGAAUCGAAUUUGGUCUGAACGUCCUAAAAUCAGUCAGUUACAUGGGAUCUCUCUGGAGGCGCUACCAUUGUUAAUAGCUUGUGAUCAAAUUUCAAGUAGCUGUUACAUUUGCGCUCUACUUGCACAUUUGGGUUUGCACACUUUUUGAUAGUUUUAUAGGAUAAGUGGAAACAAAGUGAGGCACAAAUAUGUUUUUUGCUUAUUUUUUUUCUCAAGAAUUAUGAAAUUCCUAUCUUUCUUUCUAAAAAAAACAGCCAUAUUUAUUAAAUGGAUGAAUCUGUUGCAGUGGGAGAACCAGUGAGCUUCUAAAUAAUCUAAAUAAGUCUGAAACUGACAGCUGCUCUCUCACUUCCUUAUGGAUAGCUCUGCCUGUUAAAGUUACUUUAUACACCCAGUUUUAAUAGUUGCACUUACAUAAUCGACGUCUUUACUGGAUUACUUCAAAUCUAAGGACUCUGGGAUUUUUUUUUUUGCUUUACUUUUUUUCCACUUUCAAGCUGAACCAGAGCAAAAUGUCUCCGGCCAACAAAGAAAUACACAGACUUCAAUCUGUAGAAAUAAAGAUUCAUGCUCUGGAGAGGAAUACCAAGAACAACCCUGGUUCAGCUCAAUGAAUGACUCAAAACAAUGACCAGCUCAGUGUUACUCAACGACUUCAGUCAGGAGAAAUGAAGAUUCAGCGGCUGGACUGGAAAUGAAGCAACUCUUCUUCAAAACAAACGGAGAGUUCGCACAAACCUCACCCAGAAACUCUUUGGGAGCUAAAAUGAAAAAAUAAAUUCUCACACUUCGAAUCCGACGAGGAUAAUAAUCGCCGUGAUCAGCUUUGAGCUGAAAUAUUCCCCCAUCAUCAACACUUUUAACACCGACUGCACCAAAGAAAAGUAAACCUCACCUUCAAACACCAACAAGAGCUGUGAGGCAAGACAAACACAAUCAGCCCCCAAAGUGAACACCAAGAAAACUCAAUAUAUGACAGAAUUGCAUAUUGUCAGAGAUGAUCAAUGAAUGCAUUUGGUCAUUUUUCCAAUAAUAAAGGAAUGAAAAUAUUCAUUCCCCAAAGACAGUGUCUGAUGUAGCAGAAAAAAUACUCUCUCUAACCACUAAUGAUCUCGACAAACAAAAGUAUUUACCAUUCUUCUAUUGGGAAACUAAAACUGGAGUCGUUUCUCAGUGGUCCCAUCCCAUCAGCUCGAUGGGGGGAUUUGAAAUACUCCAGAUUGCUCAUGAUAAACAAAUGGCUGCUAAAAGCACGUUCUGCCUUCAUUGACAACCACAGGAUAUUCUGAGGCCGUCUCUUCGGACGACGUCUUAAUAAAUAUGGGACAAAGCUGCUCACCGCUUCAGAAGAACGGGCUCUAGGACGUGUGAUUAGGAUGCAACCCGCUGCAUAUCAGGAACAACUGGAGCCGGAACGACUCCUUCAUUAACGACCCAACACACCUGUUAAGUAACGUCUUCUCCUGGACCUGAGAUCAUUAAAUUCAUGGAUAAAAGAACGACCAAGUUCUCAAAAAUACAACUUUUCUUAAUGCUCACAAAGCAGACUUUACUUCAUCAAAAGUAAAUCUCUGAUUGUCCAGAGACAGGCCUGUUACAAUAACAACUUUUACUGGGUAAAUAUUGUUGUUUUGAGAUGCAAGAAUACAUCCUCAAAGAUCAAUAAAUUUGAAUUUCUAUUGAACAUUUAACACUGGAGCUGGAGGACAUUUUGAAUGUCCAAAAUAAGAAACAUCAAAUAAAAUAAAUUACAAAGUCUCUCCGUAAACAAAACUGCCCUUCAAGAAAACAGGCUAGUUUGAGACAAAAACACCAGACUGCAGUCUUUUAUCAUCCAGUUUUUAGUACAGAGAAAAGAGAAAUUAGCUUGUUUUAAUUUAUCAUGUGAUUAAUUGAUUUAUUGCUUAUUGCCACAGGCCUACCCAGAGCAGCUGUCAUCAUUUUGUGAGCUCGAGUUUGCUUUACACCCGUCCUCCUCCAGAACACAUCUGGCUUCCCGGCACUAUGAAACAGGACAGUACAGACAAAAACAAAAAAACGGAAAUACUAAAAUCAAACCUCAUGAACUUUCUGCCACCAGGUCACUUAAACAGGCUCUGCUAAAUAUAAGAUAAUUAAAGGGUAUUUUAGCUACUGACUUCAUCACUGAGCAUAAUGUUGAUGUUAGACCAGAAAUACUUGGUAAGAUUUUGUGGUUUUGCAGUGCAGUUUUAAGGAUGUUUUGUGCUUCUUGUAAAUUCGUAAGAUAUAGGCUAUUGACUAUUGGUUAUUGAUAGAAAAGGCUUAAAGAGACUCAUUCGUUGGUAAUAAAAACUCGCAUGACGGAGAACUUUGAACUGAGGAUUUGUGGUGAGCUGAACAGGAACCCGAACCACUUUCUCUCUUGGCUUUAGGUGCUUUUGUUAUCGAUUUAUUGCGGAUAAACGUUCUCUCCAAGUGCUCUCAGGAUUGUAGUUAGAGCCUUUUAAAUACUUUAGUGGGAUUUUCUUGUGUGGGGAAAAACAACCACUCCAAUAGAAGAGUUAAGGAUAUCAUUUGAAAUAUUAAAAGUAAUUGAUCUUUGAGUUGAGACAGAUUUUGUUGGGGAAAGCAGGCAGUCGACUGACGCAUUGCUGGUUGUUUUGUGGCCGUGAAUCAAUACAAAUAUCUUCUGUCUGUUAUGAAGAUAUAGUUAGUUUUCUUUUCCAUUUUGAAGGACAAAACGAUCUGAAAUGUAUUUACACACCAUAUAAAGACGAUGAAACCUUGAUUUGUGGAAGUUAAUGAGCAAGUCAUAAUGAUUCCUAGGUUUUUAAAAUGAAUUGCCUUAUGGUUCCCUUGAGGAUUUACAGUAAAUGUUGCCGCCAUUGUUGGAGAAAACGGUCAGAGUGACUUUAUUUUGCCUUUCUCUGAGUUGGAACCCACCUGGAUGUCGGUGUUGGUCGGAUGCCCUUGGAGAUGAAGCUUAGAUAUCAGAAUAAUGCCUUGAUGCCUUUUUGUUGUCUCCCUUAUGGGAGGCUUAUAAUGUAAAUGUUAACCUGUAUUUAUAAAUAAACUUAACAAACAUCAA